CGCCUCCUCGUUGCCCCCGCCGCGGGCGCGCGAUGGAUUCCGGGUGCUGGUUGUUUGGCGGCGAGUUCGAGGACUCGGUGUUCGAGGAGAGGCCAGAGCGGCGGUCAGGACCGCCCGUGUCCUACUGCGCCAAGCUCUGCGAGCCGCAGUGGUUUUAUGAAGAAACAGAAAGCAGUGAUGAUGUUGAAGUGCUGACUCUCAAGAAAUUCAAAGGAGACCUGGCCUACAGACGACAAGAGUAUCAGAAAGCACUGCAGGAGUAUUCCAGUAUCUCUGAAAAAUUGUCAUCAACCAAUUUUGCCAUGAAAAGGGAUGUCCAGGAAGGUCAGGCUCGGUGUCUGGCUCACCUGGGUAGGCAUAUGGAAGCGCUAGAGAUUGCUGCAAACUUGGAAAAUAAAGCAACAAACACAGACCAUUUAACCACAGUACUCUACCUCCAGCUUGCUAUUUGUUCAAGUUUGCAGAACUUGGAGAAAACAAUUUUCUGCCUGCAGAAACUGAUUUCUUUGCAUCCUUUUAAUCCUUGGAACUGGGGCAAAUUGGCAGAGGCUUACCUGAAUCUGGGGCCAGCUCUUUCAGCAGCACUUGCGUCAUCUCAGAAACAGCACAGUUUCACCUCAAGUGACAAAACUAUCAAAUCCUUCUUUCCACACUCAGGAAAAGACUGUCUUUUGUGUUUUCCUGAAACCUUGCCUAAGAGCUCUCUAUUUUCUGUGGAAGCGAGUAGCAGUAAUAGCCAGAAAAAUGAGAAAGCUCUGACAAAUAUCCAAAACUAUAUGGCAGAAAAGAGAGAAACGGUGUUGAUAGAGACUCAGCUGAAAGCAUGUGCCUCUUUUAUACGAACCAGGCUUCUGCUUCAGUUUACCCAACCUCAGCAAACAUCGUUUGCUUUGGAGAGGAACUUAAGGACUCAGCAGGAAAUUGAAGAUAAAAUGAAAGGGUUCAGCUUCAAAGAAGACACUUUGCUGUUGAUAGCUGAGGUUAUGGGAGAAGAUAUCCCAGAAAAAAUAAAAGAUGAAGUUCACCCAGAGGUGAAGUGUGUUGGCUCCGUAGCCCUGACUGCCUUGGUGACUGCAUCCUCAGAAGAAUUUGAAGACAAGUGGUUCAGAAAGAUCAAAGACCAUUUCUGUUCAUUUGAAAAUCAGUUCCAUACAGAGAUACAAAUCUUGGCUUAGUGGGUUAUAAAAAACAAAACCGCAAAUAUCUUGUACUGUAUUAAUUGUCCUUGUUUACUUCAGACAGGAUCCAUUGCUAAUCAUGGAGUAUAAAUGAUUAUUUAUGUUUUAUAAAACUGGCUUCUGUCUCAAA